AUGGACUCAUCCCCAAUGUCUCUUCUUCAUCUCUCCCACCGUUGGGCCCGACCCCAACCUCUAUCUCAUUCGCCCAAUCUUUUCGUCAUCUCUCCAUGCACCUAUGACCACUUCUCCUGGGAUCAUUCUCCCAGCGCGAGGGGCUACUCAUCAGGACCCCCGACCAUCGGCCCCCCGAGACGACCAGAGCGAGGGGACGACCCAGAGCCGAGGGGGACGACCCCAGAGCCGAGGGGGACGACCCCGACCAGGGAGCCCCAGAGCCGAGGGGGACGACCCCAGAGCCGAGGGGGACGACCCCAGAGCCGAGGGGGACGACCCCAGAGCCGAAGGGGACGAAAGCGAAGGGACGCCCCAGAGCCGAGAGACCCGAGGCCGAGGCAGGCGACCAGAGGGGUACGACCCCUACCUGGCACGCCCCAGAGCCGAGGGGGAGGCACUCUUAGGCCCCCGGGGGACGACCCAAGCCGAGGGACACCCAGUGCCGAAGGGGACGACCCAGAGCGAAGGGGAAGAACGCGAGCGAGGGAGCACGGACGGAGGAGCGAAGGCGAGACCCAGAGCGAGGGGGCGACCGUAGGGCGAGUGGUGCGAGAGCCGGGAACCCCCCAGAGCGGGGACGGACCUCCCAAGCCGAGGGGACGACCCAGAGCCGAGGGCGACCCAUGUUGCGAGGGGGCGCCAAGGCGAGCGGAGAACCCAACCAUGGGUACGACCCAGAGUGUCGGGGGCGAGCCCGGCCGGGGGACGACCCGAGCGUGUGGGACGGCCCAGAGCUCCGUGGCGGUGCAGCGGCACUGUGAAGAGCGCUGCAAUGGCACUGUGAGAAGCAUGCGCAGCGGCGGCGGCGGCGAUGGUAGCGGUGGCAGUUGGUGGAGGAGUGGUACCCCCUCGCGGGACGUGGCACUCCCUAUCGAGGGCCACGCUUGGAGACUCAGUGCCAGACCAUGUUGCUGCUGA